AUCCAAUCAAACUGACCCGUAUCGGAAUCAGCUCGAACCCUAGCUAUAUAAACCCCAACUGCGAAAACUGCUCGUUCCACCAGAACAAACCCUCGGCGCUACCUCACAGACUCCAUCAGUUUCCAACGCAGCCUCUGCAUCCGAAUCUCCACCCGCAGAGAUGAAGGUUGUCGCAUCGUACUUGUUGGCCGUGUUGGGAGGCAACACCACCCCUUCCACUGAUGAUUUGAAGCAUAUCCUCGGAUCAGUUGGAGCUGAAGCCGAUGAUGAUAAGAUUGAGUUGCUCUUGUCUGAAGUCAAGGGAAAAGAUAUCACAGAACUGAUUGCAGCUGGAAGGGAGAAGCUGGCAUCAGUCCCAUCUGGUGGUGGUGGUAUUGCUGUUGCUGCACCUGCUGGCGGUGCUGCUGCUGCUGCUGCUGCAGCUGAGCCAAAGAAAGAGGAGAAAGUGGAAGAGAAAGAGGAGUCUGACGAUGAUAUGGGUUUUAGCCUAUUUGACUAAGAGAUUGAAGCCUGGUGGCUUGUUUGCAUUAAGACUUAUCUUCGGCUAGUGUUUUUAGUAGAAUUUUGAAGUUUUUUGAGUCUGUAGUUGGAUGUGGUUUUAGCUAUAAUUGCCAAAAUUUUGGAUUUCCGUCAAGACAUUUGAGUUGAACUAUUAAAGUUUGCAUUUCAGUUAAUUUGAACGUUGAAUUCAAUUACUAUAGAAGUUCAUAUA